GUUUCAGGAUUCAAAAAGUAAAGUAGUUUCUCAAUGUAACACACUCAUAUGUUGAUUAUUUAUAUGCUAUAAAUAUAUAAGUUGGAUCUGAAAGGCUCAAAUUUCUCAUGUGCACACAACAACCAUCAGUUGUAAAUCACUGAAAAUCCAAUAUUUAUAAAAACGAAAUUUAUUUAUAUAUAUAUAUAUAUAUCUAUUAAAAUAAAAUAGUCAUCAGUAAAAUGUGCGUAACUCAAACCUCAGAGCUUCUCAGAACUAUCAUGUAAAUAUUGUUUUAUUAAAUAAUUAUUCUAGAAACAUUUAAACUAUGCGCAGCUGGUCGAGGUGAACUAAUUAAUUUAAACCAAUCAGAAGGCUUCAAUCUUCUGUAAAGUGGCUUCAGCUGUGAAGAUCAACGAGGCUCACAGCUGACGUCACUGCCGAGGGUCCUUAAAGGGCCAGGGGGCCCUGAAGGCCUCACUCUGCCCCUCUGACGUCAUGCUGCAACUCGUCCUCACUGCUUUGCUGCUGGCUGGAGCUCAACAAGGCUCCUGCACUCCUCUACGGGACGUGUCUCAGCAUGACGAGCUCUUCCAGCUGGUGAUGUAUCUGGAUUCCAACCCGGAGACUCUAGAAGAACUGUUGUCAAAGGACCGUGCGUUGACGGAGGGUGACAUGGUGUUGUCGGACGACCGCAACGCUGUGACCAGCAGGUGGCCGACGACGGCGAUCCCCUACGUCAUCAGUCCGCGUCUCGCCGGCCAGAGGGCCGACAUCGUGGCUGCCAUGGAGAUGCUGUCUGACCAGACCUGCCUGUCGUUCCUGAAGAGGCGGUCGGAGAGAGACUACCUGCACUUCGUGAGAAGCUUCGGCUGCGCGUCGUUCGUCGGCUACGACGGCGGCGAGCAGCAGAUUUUCAUCGGGUCCAGCUGCCUGGUGGGGAACAUCGUGCACGAGAUCCUCCACGCAAUGGGCUUCUACCACGAGCACACGAGGAUGGACCGCGACCAGUACAUCAAGAUACUGUACAACAACAUCAUGGCGGGGAUGGAGAUUAACUACAUGACCUUUGUUCUCCUGGUGAGCUGCAGGGAGCUCAGACCCGAAGAGGAGCGCCUGCACGCGGACUCCCUCCACGCGCUGCACCGGUCCGCCUCCCCCGGGACCGCGGCUCGCUCGCGCUGCCCGCACCGGGAGCUGCUCGUGCGGGGAAAGAAUCAACUUCUGAAGUCACGCGCAGAGUGA